AUGGAAGCUGUCAUGCUCAACUCUCUGGUGCGGGUAGAAUCCCACCAUAGUAAACUCCCGAAUCCGCCUGAGCGAGUUGUUUCUCGUAACUAUCCUGCCGUUCCCCAAGAUGAUCCCAUCGAGCUUGCAGGCCUCUCCCGUCUCCCGGGCCGGGCCACCCCUGACCUCGAGAUGAGCCGGCCUACCACCCCAGCCGCAGAUGGGGACGCCGUUGAGGUCCUACCGAGCAUAUUCAGCCCUCAGAAAAACAAGUUUCGACUUGCCGCCUGCUGCUGUAUGAACUUCCUGGGUGGCCUCAACGAUUCUGCCGCCGGCGCUCUAAUUCCCUAUAUGGAAACGCAUUACGACAUCGGCUACGGCGUCGUCUCUCUCAUCUUUGUCGGCGUUGCUCUGGGCUUCAUCACGGCAGCACCGUGCAUUGCCGGCCUGGAAGCUCGUCUGGGAAGAGCCAGAUUGUUCGGACUGAGUAUGCUGUUGUUCAUCGCUGGGUACAUACCCAUCGUGUGCACGGCACCUAUUCCUGUAGUCGUCAUCUCCUUCUUCCUGGUCGGGUUCGGAUUCGCCAUCACUGUUGCCGUUGCCAAUGUUUUCCUUGCCAAUCUCAAGGAAGCGGCAACAGCGUUAGGGGCGGUCCAUGGAUCCUACGGCAUCGGUGGCACCAUCGGGCCGCUGAUUGCGACGAGCAUGGCCUCCACGGGCCAUAUCGUCUGGAGUCGGUACUACCUCAUCACUAUGGGAAUCGCUGUCUUCAAUCUGUUCUUUGCUACCUGGUCCUUCUGGAAUUACGAGCAGGAGUCUCACAGCGAGGCGGCGCCUGUGGACAAUGGUCAACCUAGAACACGGCAACGAAAAGCCAUGCUCUCAACGUUCAGAAACCGAGUCGUACUUAUUGGCGCUGUCUUCAUAUUUGCCUACCAAGGCGCAGAAGUAUCCAUCUCCGGCUGGGUUAUUUCUUUCUUGAUCAGUGCGAGAAAUGGCGACCCAUCUCAGGUCGGAUAUGUUACUUCAGGUUUCUGGGCUGGCAUUACCCUAGGCCGGUUCUUUCUUUCCCCCCUCGGGUCAAAGAUUGGAGAGAAACGAUUCGUCUAUGGAGUCGUGGUAGGAUCCGGGAUAUUCGAGCUCCUCGUCUGGCUAGUGCCAAAUAUCGUCGGAAACGCAGUCGCGGUAGCCAUCAUUGGUCUCUUGCUAGGUCCAGUUUGGCCAGCGGCAGCAGUUGUAUUUACGAGGAAUCUGCCGAGGAAGGACCAAUCCAGCGGCCUGGCGCUCAUCAGUGCGUUUGGAAGCUCGGGAGGUGCAGUUGCUCCUUUUACAACAGGUAUCCUCGCCCAGGUAGUGGGUACUUUUGUCCUACAUCCCAUCGUCAUUGGCCUUUGUGCACUCAUGGUCCUGUGCUGGUAUUGUAUCCCUACGCCUAGGAAGAGAACCGAGUAA